AUGUCGAUGACCAACAACGAAAUGACUAGAACUGAAAACUGGAAGUCGUCUUGUUUUUCAGAGUCGGUAACACAACUGCAGUCACCCAACCCUGAUUGCCUGUGUUCGUCGUGUGGCCAGUCAUGCUUGGAAGUUGAUCACACUCUGGAAUGUCAAUGUCUAGCGACCAACAAAUUAUGUGUCCCAAACACAGCCCAGUUUUCUACUGAUAUAGUUAACAAACGCGUGCUUUGUAAAGAUCCCCACUCUAAGCUUGACCUGUCUUGUCCACGCUGCAGUCGACCACUUGUUCAAGAAGCCGGUUCAGCCACCCGCUUUUAUUGCCACGCCAUGUGUCGUUGGUGUAUUCAAUGUACUAUUGACAAAACACCCAACAGACAUAGUCAACAAACCGAAAUGUAUUAUGAAUACGACAGGCAAUACUAUUGCCAUUAUCAUUUCUCUAUGAUACCAAACUCUCAGUGCACUAGCUGCUCCCAGGCAAUUCUUUACAAAUGUGUCGAGAGUGUAAAAUAUCCAAACAAGAAAUGGCAUCCAAAAUGCUACAUGAUAUUCAAGUUUUGGAAUGUUUGCUUCACAGAUCUAUUUCCAUCAAACACCCAGCCUUCUGACUCGGACCAACUCAAGAAAAACCAGACCACAAUUGAGAAAAAAAUCGAUCGCAUUUGGACCGAUCUAUCAGCAUUCGAAGAGUCUUCAGCGACAUGCAUUUCAGACAUGCUGCUUGCCGUAGCAGAAGGAAAUCUAAUCAAGGGAGUACAGAUGGCAAAUCAUUUUGUCAACCACCUUCACAUGCUCUUCACUGGGCUGGAUACAUUAAACGAUCUUCUGGUACAGCAAAACUUAGCAACAAUCAAUUGUGAAAAAGAAGCCGAUAUUGUGUGCAAACAAGUACUCCAAUUCUUUAACCUUCUUACACAACAGAACGAGGGUCGCAUAUCAAACAAAGCCUCAGAUAAACACAACGUUACUCAAGAUCUGCUACCUUUGGUCACAGGAUUGGCGCAGAACUUGAAAUCUCUAAUACGUAUAGGCCUCACAGAAGCUCUAAAGCUUGAAUAUGUUUGUGGGAUCCAAGCCAUUUCCUCUUUUUUGAAAAGUUUGGCUGGUUUGGAUAAUAUGCGAGUUUGGAUCGCUGGGCGCUAUUAUUUUAAAGACGCACCUCUGUUUCUAUCUGACAUAGAAAUAGCCCGUAUGUAUUCCAUACCUGACAACUGCAAAGCUUGUUCUCUUCCUAUUCAUGACAAACAUGUCCAAAAGGGAUCUAAUCGAUGGCAUACUGCAUGCUUUGCUUGUAAAGUAUGCCAACGUAAAUUGGGUAAAAACUUAACAAAGACGCGGGAGAUCGGAGGAACGGAAACAUUUCUAUUUUAUUUCCAAUGCUGCACAUCUCAUGAUAAUCAAGGAGCUCUUUGUCUUGUUACACCUCUUAUACAACAGACCAUGCUCUUACAAACAACAUUGGUGAGCGUGUACCAGUCCCUUUGUCAAACGAAUCUUAGCAAAGAACCAGAAAAAUCUCCUUUUAAACCAUCUUGUAACUCAUCGCAAGAGCUCAAAAUAAAGAAAGAUAUCAACUCUCCCACCAAAGAUUCGGACAAAAGUGGCUGCGUAAACACACAGCAUAUUGCUGGUGUCGCACGUAGAAAUACAAUACGACUUGGUCGAAUAGAUGAGGAUAAAACUGCGACAAAUAAUCCUACAGAACAAUCUGGAAUAAAACGAGCAUCAACUCUUCAUGAAGGGUCCCCAAAAGAAGCACAGCGUCGUAAUAGUGCAAGACGUCGCAUAACACGUACAAGUUCAAUACACAGUAUGUCUUGUAAACAUCCUUCAGACACCUUAAACACCCCUGACCACACCUUUGAUGGAUCAAACGGUCGACAAUAUUUUCAAGGAAUAUUUGACCAAAAGAAACACGAGAGGCGCUGUUCGUUUAAUUUACCACUGUCUCCUAUUACUUCUAAGCAUCUAUUCGUAAACACCAUGGUCUACAGCGACUGUAUUAUUAAACACGCAGCAAUACUCCAUUUUGGAUCAUUUAGGGUACCUAAUAUAUCCCAAGAAAGCCUUAUUGGACUAGUUGAAUACAAAAAAUCGUCUGUCUGGGGAAGAAUUUUGACUCAUUUCCGUGGAAUAAGCUCCAGCUCAAGAACUACAACAGACAGAUCGGAAAAGGCCAAUUUCUUUAACCCUCCAACAAUCACAUUUAAGGUACCUCUCUCGGAACUGGUGGCACGAAUCCGACCAAACCUGUCUUCUGAAACGGUUAAAGGAGACGGUCUGACCUCUUACCCACCAAACUUUGCCCCUUAUUUAUUCAACGCGACUCACAUUCCAUUAUUUGUACAACAUUGCAUUAUCGCACUCUUCCAAACAGACUUGACAACCGAAGGUAUCUUUCGCAAAAAUGGAAACAUUCGAGAACUCAAAUUCCAGUGUGAUGCGAUUGAUGGUGGAAAACCUUUGAGCGAAGUUAUGGACAAGGCAUCUUCUAUUCAGCUCGGUGCAAUGCUGAAAAGCUGGUUGCGUCAGCUUCCUGAGCCAUUAUUAACAUUUAAGCUGUAUGAUCUUUUUCUUGCUUCAUCAAGAAUCGAAAAUACUGCCAGCUCAAAGGAGUUUCUACACCUUGUCUGCUGCUUGCUUCCAAAAGAGAACAGAGACACUAUGCAGCUCGUUUUUAUGUUUCUUCAUUGGGUCUCUACAUUCAGCGACGACAAUAAAAUGAAUAUACACAAUCUUGCUCGUGUAAUUGCACCAAGCGUAUUCUAUUCUCGUACAAGUUCAAAGAACUCCCAUGAACAGAACCAUCAAUCUGCAAAUGAUGGAAUUCGUGUAGUGGAAAUGAUGAUUAUGUAUCAAGAAGACCUGCGCAAGAUUCCUUUUGAAUUAGUUAAGAUAAUGGAGGAACCUAAGCUGGUGGGCUACGUAAAAGAACAUGGAAUGGACUUUAAUUCAAAGAGUUUUCUAAAGAUCUGCCACAGCAAGUUGACUGGAGCCAAAUUCCAGCCGAUGGACAUGGGAAUGUCAACUCUUACUUCUGCGAGUAACGUAUCUUGUCAAAAUACCCUGGAAACCUCUUUUCCAGGAGACACCCAAAUUGCCAUGAUGACACCUCUAAAACGGGUGUAUCAAAAAGGUUGGAUAAUGGGCAAGCACUAA